GAAAAGACAUCGCCCAACGGCCCAGCUGAGCAUCGGAAGUGGGGACAGCAUCGCCAUCGCAAAAUGCAGGCGCUCCUACUCCCGGCGCGGCCUGCGGCGCCGCCGCCGCCGGCGGAGAUGCUCCGGGGGCGUGCGCUUCCCGCGUCCGCGUCACAGGUCCGCCGUCCCCUCCUCGGUGCCGCCGGGCGACUUAGCUGCGGAAGCGCUUUGCGGCGCCUUACCGUGGCGGCGGUGGCGGCGGCGGGGUCGGCGUCCUCGUCGGGUCCGCUCUACCCGACGCCACCACCAACCGAGCAGGAGGUUGAGAGGGUCAAGCUCGAGCAGGUUAUGAAGAGACUAGAGAAAACAGCAAGGUAUUUCAAGAAUUUGGGUACCCUAGGGUUCUGGUCCCAGUUGGUAUGCACAAUUGUUUCUGCUGGAAUUUUGUCUUUCUCUACAGUUGUAACAGGGAAGGUGACAGCACCCUUCACAUUCUAUGCCACCGCUGCUGGUAUUGCUGCUGCCUUUAUUUCAGUCUUCUGGUCAUUUGGUUACAUCCGUCUCUCUGAAAGGCUCAGAAAAACAGCAAAAGAGCCCGCAAAGGCUCCUCCACGCGCCAAUGUUGUUAAGAGUCUGAAAAAUGGCAUUCUGCUUAAUAUUCUCGGUAUGGGCGCUGCUGUUCUCGGCAUGCAGGCAACUGUUGGUGCUUUGGUAGCAAAAGCUCUCACAACCUCUCCUGUACCCUAUUAUCAGGCUGCAUCCCCUGGCCAGAGCUCUGUUUUGGCUUUAGAUGUUUUCCUAGUUCAGGCAUCAGCGAACACCAUCCUGUCGCAUUUCCUCGGUCUAGCAAGCUCUCUGGAGCUGUUGCGCUCCGUGUCGCUGCCUCCAGCAGAAUCUGCCCCGGCCCCUGCUCGGGCCUGAGCCAUGGCAUGUCAAGAAAUACCUGCACUCCUCGGCUCUGCAGUUGUUUUGCCCCAGAAUCGGUAUUGUACGCAGAACUAGCAAUCUCAUUUAUUUUAUGUUGUUCAGCUAAGAUAAAUAAUUCACGCGGCAUGAGCUGUUUGGUUUGGAUGAA